CAGGGAGAUGAAUUCAUCCGAGCUAAUGCCUGUAACAGAUUGACUGUCAUAGCUGAACAAAUCCGGUAUCUGCAGGAGCAGGCCCGGAAGGUUUUGGAUGAAGCUACCAGAGAUGCUGAUCUGCAUCAUGUGGCCUGCAAUAUUGUGAAGAAACCAGGAAACAUCUACUACCUCUACAGGCGGGAAAAUGGCCAGAGAUACUUUUCCAUCCUUUCCCCUCAGGAAUGGGGGGACAGUUGUCCUCAUGAGUUUCUUGGUGCCUAUAAGCUUCAGCAUGACAUGUCCUGGACUUCAUCUGAGAACAUUGAGAAACGAGAUGCUGAAAUUAGCAUCCUUUAUACAGACCUGUGUGCAAUCUGUGAAUGGGGGGACAGUUGUCCUCAUGAGUUUCUUGGUGCCUAUAAGCUUCAGCAUGACAUGUCCUGGACUUCAUCUGAGAACAUUGAGAAACGAGAUGCUGAAAUUAGCAUCCUUGCAGUGUACGGAGCCCCACCUCCAAGGCCUCACCAACUUCUGGUCACUGAAAUACAUGAAUAUGGCAAACUUCAAGGUGCGACUUAUGCUAAACCUUUUUCCUUUGAGCGUGCCGAUGAAAAAGCAGUAUAG